CUUUACAUCUUUAUGCUUAUUAUUGUACACAACUGGCAUUCACAGAUUUUUUAAAUUAUCUUGCCCGCACUUCCCACAGUAGAACACAGUCACGUGCACAAAGUAGACAAUCAAUAAAUGCCUGUGAAACACCUACACGAAGGAGCAAAUACCUGGCAAGAAUGAGUCCACUUCCUACCACUCCUACCUUCCUGAAAAAUUACAUUUCCCCGUGUGCUUGGCGAGAGGCGCUUCUAUGAAGUUAAAGAGCAACACUUCCCACGGCCAGGUAUCCGCCCACGUCUGUCAGAUGCCGCAGUGUUUUGUGGGAAAAGUAGUUCUAGAGGUCGUCCUUCGGUCCCGGCAAACUCAGCCCAAACUAAACUUCCCAGCAAGCCUCGCACUCGCCUGGGAAGAGCUGCAAGAUGGCGGACCCCGAAGAGGGUGUUUUGCGGUCGGCUGGACACUCCACUGCCCCAAUUUCAUUCAGCUUCAGUCGCACGACCGCCCGAAAACGGCUGACAGACCGGGGAGACGGCGUGGGUGCGGCUCCAGAAGAGAAGGAUUUCUUGAAGACCGUGGAAGGGAGAAAAUUGCAGAGAAUAGCUCUCGAAGACAGCCACCAACCCAGGCCCCUGGCCCAUCCACAGAUGUGAAAGCCACAACAGAUGGGAUACUUUCCCAGGCUGUAAAGGAGCUCAUUGAGGAAUCCAAGAAGUCUCUGGAGGAGAGAGAGAAUGCAGGUGUUGACCCCACGCUCGCUAUCCCUAUGAUCCAGAAAAAAUGUACCCCCAACGAGGAAGGGUCAGACAGCGAACCCCAGGCUGAGACAGUGCCCAAGGAGGCCGAUUACGAGGCAGUCCCUGUGGAGGCGUAUGGACUGGCCAUGUUGCGGGGCAUGGGCUGGAAACCUGGCCAAGGCAUCGGCCGGACCUUCAGUCAAGUGGUGAAGCCUCGUGUCAACUCACUGAGGCCCAAAGGGUUAGGGCUGGGCGCCAGCCUGACUGAGGUCCAGGCCGUGGCCUCCAGCGGUCCCCACCGCCUGCCAAAGCCAGAUGAGGAGCAAGAGAAAGAUAAGGAAGCCCAGCGUCAAGGACUGGUUCCCGGAGGAGCUGUGGUGGUUCUUUCUGGCCCUUACCGAGGCCUCUAUGGGAAGGUGGAAGGCCUCGACCCUGACAAUGUUAGGGCUAUGGUUCGUUUGGCUGUGGGGAGCCGCAUGGUAACUGUUAGUGAGUACUGCCUACAGCCUGUCUCCCAGAAGGAAUUUGACAAGAACUCCUCAGAUCUCAGCCAGGUGAGCAAAACUUAUCCAGGUCAAAAGAAUGGAACACCCUCGUCGUCGUCACUGAAGGCCUUCCAGAAUCAGGACCCCCUCACCCGGCGGGGAACAGAAGAGAGGAAGCGGAAACACCUUCCAGACCGGCAGGACAGGCCUCCAUCCAAGAGUGAGAAAGUGGCCUCCAGGAGACAGCACUGGUUGCACAGGGACCUGCGUGUGCGGUUUGUGGAUAAACUGCACAAGGGCGGGCGGUAUUACAACACCAAGAUGACAAUCGAAGAUGUCGUCAGCCCAGAUACUUGUGUAUGUCGGACAGAUGAAGGCCAGGUCCUGGAAGGUGUCAGGGAAAACAUGCUGGAGACCCUCAUCCCCAAGGUCCAGGGCAAACAGGUGAUGAUAGUGCUGGGACCACAGGCUGGAAGGGUGGGCCGUCUGCUGGGCUGGAACAGAGAGCAGAGCCAGGCUGUGGUGCAGCUGCAGAGAGAGAAUCGGCUGGUAGAGCUUCACUAUGAUGCUGUCUGCGAGUACAGGGGCCCCAGUGACUCAGACGAAGACUGAGCCAUGGACUCAUUCCAUUCCCCCAGGCAGUUACCUGUUCUGUACAGUUUGAAAAGCCUACCUUUGUGAAGGUGGGGAGGCCAUUGUCCAGCCUGUACUUGGAGUGCAGCCCUGGGACAGGGACAGGACACAAAAUGGAUAGACCAGAGGGAAGCUGGAAACAAACCUAGUACUUACCAGCAGUUAGUAUAAAAUAAAAACCAUUUCAAAUACUUAGUAAAAUAAAGAGCUCAUAAAUGGUGUGCUGA